CUACCUCCUCUCUCUCUCAGUUAUUAAAAUUCCUGUGUGUGCGCUGGUGGUAAGCUGUUCAUCAACACCUGUCCAGAGAGAACGCAACAACAACUCGACUUUUCCUGCAACAAGAAACAUUUUCCUUCAACUCCUCUGCUCAACGGAUUGAUAAGAAAGUGCGAGUUUGAGUAUUACAAAGAAAGAUGGGUAAGAAGAAGGAUAAGAAGAACGGGACCGUGAACAAGGCGGAAGACGCCCCGGCAGAGACCCCCGCAGCCGACACACCAGAGGCCCCGGCAGCAGAGACACCGCCGGCCGAGGAUGGCGCCCCUCCACCACCACCACCCCCACCUCCUCCACCGCCUCCCAAUGCAGCGCCUGCCCCAGACGACGAUCCUACUCGCGCUUUAGACGAAGUAGUGGCGGAGGCAGAAAAAGAUGAUGCAGCAGUCACGGAAGACGGCGAUGCGAUGGAAGCAACCAUUGACUUCAGCAACGAGGGGGAGCUACCGGCAGAAGGAGCGACAGACAACACAGAGUUCUACAAGAAGCUGUCUGAUGACGAGGCGAGCGAGAGGGCUUCAAAUUCCCUGGAAGUUCCAGACGAGGUGAAACCGCUGGAGAGGAAACCGUCCUUCCUGGAGACGCUGUCCCGCAAGUUCAGCUUCAAGAAGUCAGAAAACGACGAGCCGAAGCGCAAGAGAAGCAACCCGUUCGCCGGCAUGAUGGCCAUCAUCAGAGACGCUUCUAAGAUGCCACCGAAGGACAACAACGAGAAGGCGCUGGCGAAGCCGAACAUGAUGGACUCUCUGUUCUCUAAGUUCCGCCCGAAGCAGAGGAUCGAGUUUAACCUGGAGGGGAUGCUGGACGAUGACGUCAGGGGGAAGUUCGCGCGCUAUGACUUCCCGUUCGAGAACCUGGUUCUGGAGGGAGCCGGGGGACACAGGGGGCUGGCAUACGCCGGGGCAGCCAAGGUUCUCCAGGCGCUCGGAGUGCUGAAGACAAUUAAGCGGUUUGGAGGCGUGGGGACGGGCGCCAUCCCUGCCACCCUGCUCGCGCUCGGCAGCACACCUGAGGAGGUGGCCGGGCUCACGGACGAGAGCUUCUACGUCAUCUUUGAAGACAGCAAGCUGGCCUACCUGAGCAUGAUGCCUAACAUGAUUAAGGGCUACGGCAUCUACAAGGGACAGAAGUUCCUGGACUGGCUGGGCAAGAUCCUGGCAGAGAAGACAGGCAACGCUGAUAUCACAUUCGCACAGCUAUACAAGCUGUACGAGACAGAGCUGUGUAUCGUGGUGACUAACCUGAAUGCUAAGAUGGAGGAGUACUGCCACGUCAAGACCACUCCGGACAUGCCCAUCAGGGUCGCCAUACGCAUGUCCAUGUCUAUUCCUGGGUUCUUCCAGCCUGUGAAGUACACUAAGAACGGCCGGGAGUGUCUGUUUGUGGACGGAGGCAUCUGCUGUAACUACCCCAUACACUCCUUUGAUGGUUGGUGGUUGUCCAUGGACAGUCAGAACUCCUUCUUUAACCGGAUGGGUGAGGUGGGAGAACUGCUGGAUGUUAAUGAGAUGUCUGACCGCUUCGACACCUACAACAACUCCACCAUUGGUGUCAUGGUGUACUCUAAUGACGACCCAGAGGACAUGAGAACCACACUGAAGGCCCGUGAAGGGAAGAAAAAGACCAUCAGACCAGACACCAUACUGGCUGGCACCAAGGACAAGGCAGAGCGUGAGAAGAUCAGUGCUCAGGAGUUCCGUAAGAGGACGAAGGACCUGAUCGGAGACUUCCUGACCGCCGUGAAGACCAGCGACGAGGACGGCAGCGGAACCAUCAACAGGAAGGAGCUGGAGGAUGCCUUCAUGAAGGAGUCAGAAAAUGUGAAUGACGGAGAAUCCCUGCCGGCCGGAGUGUCUGUGGGACAACUGUUUGAUGCACUCGACGUCAACAAAGAUGGAGAGAUCACGUACCAGGAGGUUGUGCAGUUCUUUGAGAACCAGGGCUACUCCCUGAUGACGAAGGACCUGAAGGAUGAACAGGGCACGUCUGUCAACUCUCUCAGCGAGUAUCACGUGUCGUACCAGCAGCUGCUCAACCUGCUGGCAAAGAGGGUCCAUCUGGAGCCGCGUGAGUUUGACCGGACCAUCGGCAUCAACACAGACUACGUGCACGCCACGGAUCUGUUCCUGGAGCUGGCAGACAAGGAGUUCGCUCUGCAGCAAGGAGUGAAGGGCACGAAGGCGUUCCUGAAGAAGUACAUCAAGAAGUGGAAGCUGAAGCCGCGGCCGGAGGAGACCGCCGCGCUGCCUGCCGAGGAGGACAACGACGCCAUCAUCCUCAUCCCGGCUGGCGAGGAGGUCGCCAUGGAAACGGUGGAGCCUGCAGAAAACCACGUCGGUACAGAGGAGGCGACUCCGGAGGAGGCAAGUCCGGAGGAGGAGAAGCCUGCUGAAGAGGAGAAGAAGGAGGAGGGGAAACCAGAAGAAGGGAAACCCCCAGAAAUUGUCGUAACCUAGGCAAUGGGAUAACAAUAGAAGAAAUGGCGCUCUUGAAGAAAGAAAGAAGAAAAAAAGAAAGAAUCAUGGAAGGAAGAAAGGAAGGAAAGUGUUCUUAAGAAAAGUUUUUAAAAAAAAGAAAGACCUGUCACUCACUGAAUUUAUGUUAUUACGCAUCAUUCUGUUAUUGAAGUUGGGAUUGAGGUGAAAUUAUUAUUGAAAACAAUGCAAUGGGGUAUGUUUUUGAUUGGGAAUUAUUAGAUAUGUAUAUUAGACAGAAUUCAAUAAGGAUUGUGGGUG